CAAGUUCGUACGUAUAUAACCGCUAUCGGCGAUCGUCAAACGUAUCAGUCGUGUUUGAUCAAAGCUUCACAUAACACAAGAACACACACGAGACUUAAACAUAAUCAAAAAUGGCAUACAAGAUGUUCUCCGCCGGGCUAGUGCUCGCAUUCGCUGGUAUGUGCUUGUGUCAACAACAAUCGACUUCCAGCUCACCGUCCCAAUACCAGUCCGCCGCCGUCCAACAGCCACAAACUAAACUGGAAGACAUCGAACGUGACACUUUAGUAGCUGCUUACGGACAGAAAACCCAACAGCCAUCCAACAAACCAUCGUCAGUGACUCCUUCAGUCCCUCAACAACAACAACAACCACCACAGUCUUACCAAACAAUCCCGCAACAACAAUACUUCGUGCAGCCUUACCAGGGGCUACAACAACAGUUCUUCAUGCAACCGUACCAAGCCCAACAACAACAGUACUUGGCCCAACCUUACCAAAUGGCUUUCGACUACAACGGUGUACAGUACUCUAUCGUCAGCCCCAACUCUUACCCGGGUAACCAGUUUUACCAACAAUACUACGUGCCAGCUGCCCAACCAUCGGCUGUUCCUCAAUACGUGACCAAACAAUCUUCCCCGGUGGCCGCUCCUGCUCAAGCUCAACAGGAAUACAAACAACAACAAUUUUCCGCCCCUGCUCAAGCUCAACAAGAAUACAAGCAACAACAAUUUUCCGCCCCAGCUCAAGUUCCACAAGAAUAUAAACAACAAUUUUCCGCCCCUGCACAAGUUCAACAAGAAUAUAAACAACAAUUCGUUGCCCCUGCUCAAGCCCAACAAGAGUACAAACAACAACAGUUCAACGCUCUAGCUCAAGCUCAACAGGAAUACAAGCAACAACAACAACAAUACGUAGUGCCAUCCCCCGCAUACCAAUACGUCCAACAGCCAGCCGCCCCCGCCGCCAACGGCCCUGCAGAUUACUCGUACGUUACUCGUCACCCAGCUACCACCGCCGUCCAGUUCAAAGCCCCGACAGUCACCGCCGCCGCCCAACCACAAUACCAGUACAAUGCAUUACCGCAACAGUACCAACAACAACAACAACAACCCCAAUACUACUACACAGUGGCCGCCACCGAACAGCCACGCGUCCAACAGUCAGCCAAGAGCCAAUUCUCGUCCGGAGUGAAAUCUACCACGCCCAUCCCAUUAACGAAGGAACAGUUCGCUUACAAGUUCGAAUCCUCACCACAACAACAACCCGGUGCCGCUUACAGCACACUCAGAUACUCAGCUUAGACGCCUCAAGUGCAUCUCCGAUGAGGGGCCGUGGCAGGUGCAUCAUUAUGAUAUUAUUGUGUGUAGUGCCAUCGAUUGUAUAUACGCACACUAAGCGUUAUUAGAUAUCACUAUUAUUAUUAUUAUUAUUAUUAUUAUUACCGUCGUUAAGAACUACUAGUGCGUUGCAGCACAGAUAUUAUAGGAUAUUUAUUUCCUGGGAUGUUUCUGCACACUUUAGCAUGCCGAUGCCAACUUAGCGCUGCAGUGUGUAGCAACGCGUAUGUCCCUAAAAAAUAAAAAAUGUAAUUAUUUGUAUUAUUAUUAUCAUUACUUUGGUUAAGAAUAAAUGUGAAAACACUUAAAUUUUCAGACCAUUAAAAA